AUGAAUAAGUCAUUCUUUUACUUGUUGAUUGCUAUUGUUAUCUUUGGUUGCAUUGCAGUUGCUAUGGGAGAAACCGACAGACUGUGCAGAUGCCAGUAUACAUACACCCAAGAAUCAUGCGCCAAAAUGGGUCUUACCUUUUAUCCAGCUGAUGAAUCAAACUGUUGUACAAGAUGUAAAUAA